GAGGGUCAGACCGUAUAUUUGAUCGAUAAGCCCGAUCUGGCCACACUGCAGCCGGCGGCAGCAUAGUUUUUUUUUGCAAUAAAUAACAAUUUUUAAAAACAAUAAAAAUGCGAGCUGAACCGGAGCCUGCGCUAUAGUUAUUUCAAUUCGUUUUCACUCGGUGUACGGUGCAAAUCUUUACAAAAAUGUGCUAAAAAUCAUUUAAUUAACAUCAGGCGCUGCUAUUAUCAAACCCCACUCCACUCCGCCGCUUCUCUCAGCGUCUUGGCUCGCGUGUUUUCCGAGUAGAUUAAAAUAGUUUAGAUUCCCGAUUUGGUACUACCCUGCCCGCACGUGCGUCACGCCACCCAAGACCCAUAAAAUGCACGAAUUAUUCAAGAGAAUUAUGGAUUACAAAUACCUGAGCCGGUCGCAAAUCAACGGAUUCGACAACUAUAAGUACAGCGCCAUAGACACCUCCCCUCUGAGCCAGUACGUAAUGCAUCCAUUCUGGGAUUGGCUCGUCAAGUUCUUCCCGCGCUGGUUUGCGCCCAAUUUAAUGACGUUCCUGGGCUUCCUGUUUAGUGCCAUGAACCUGGUCCUGCUCUCCUAUUAUGAUUGGAAUUUCGAGGCCAGCUCGGGGGAGGAGGACACCACCCCGAUACCAUCAUGGGUCUGGCUGUGCACGGCAGUGAACAUCUUCCUCGCCUACACUCUGGACGGGAUUGAUGGCAAGCAGGCGCGCCGGAUCGGCCUGUCUGGGCCACUGGGCGAACUUUUCGAUCAUGGCCUCGACUCGUACACAGCCAUGCUGAUACCCACAUGCCUCUACAGCAUAUUCGGUCGGAGCAGGGUCUAUUCCGUGCGACCGAUGCGAAUGUACUAUGUCUGCCUGACGGUCUACUUCAACUUCUUUGUUUCCCAUUGGGAGAAGUACAAUACGGGUAUAUUGUAUCUCCCCUGGGGCUACGACCUCAGCAUGUGGGGCAGCACUGCAAUGUACUUGAUCACCUGGUGGUUGGGUUUCGAGCGUUGGAAGUUCGAGCUGUCCUUGGGCUCCUACGGAACCCUGCCGUUGGGCAAUGUUAUGGAAGCCGUACUCCAUGUGAGUGCCAUGGCCAAUCUCCCGCUAGUCAUCAUCAACGUUUACAACUCCUAUGCCCAACGCACAGGCCGCCUGUUAUCCCCAUGGGAAGCAAUCCGACCCAUGUGGCCAUUUGUCUCAUAUUUCAUCAUCCUGCUGCUCUGGCCAUACAUCUCACCCAACAACAUCAUGGAGACGGAUCCUCGAGCCAUAUUCAUGCUCAGCGGCACCAUCUUCUCGAAUGUCAGCUGCCGCUUGAUUGUCUCGCAAAUGUCGGUGACGCGCUGCGAGGCCUGGCACUGGCAGACACCCAUGUUUGCCUUCUCCCUGCUGUUGAGCAUGUGGAUACCGCUGCUGGAGAGGCCGCUGCUCUACCUACUGCUGAUUGUGACCACACUGACCCAUUGGCACUACGGGGCCAGUGUUGUCAACCAAAUGUGCGACCACUUCAAUCGCGUCUGCUUCACGGUGCACAAACGGCUGCCGGAAGAGGAAUUCCUGAAACGGAAGAAGAUGCUGCAUGAACCGGAAUUGCAUCUGAAACCUGAGGAACCACUCAAGAAGGAGGAUUAGUUGUCGGCUCCUUGUGCGCGUGCUUAUGUCAAAUUGUUUGCUCAUUUUGUUUUCGGUCAAAAGUUCUUUUUCAUGUUCUUCUGUUCAUCAUGGAGGCUGUUUAGUUAAACGAUUUAUGAGAUUAUGUAUAUUUUUUCAUAGUUAGAAUUUAAUUUAAAAAUUUGCUUGAUCCUAGUAUUAUCCAUCCUAAUGUUGGAACUUGUUUUGGUCUUUUAUUCAGAAAUUAUUUGUGUAAUGCUCUCUUUCAAAAGUCGCACAAUUGCAACUCUCCCUUCACUUAGGGCAGCAUUUUUAGCUUUAUUUGGACUUAACUAUUAAUCAUGACAAGUGGUGUAAUCCGCAGAUAAGAUUUGACCCAAAUGUUACUCGUAAACGUAUAUCUGAUAGGCCACAAGUUCCAGUGCAUUAACUCUACUAAUCGAAACCUUAACGCAACACCGAACAGACCAGUAUACAACAUCAUCUAGGUUAGACAUUUACAAUUAUUUUAUUUCACGUAUACUACUACUUAAGACCUAAUUUCAAACAUAAAAAAGAAAGAAUUCAAUGUAAAUUUAAAAACCAGGUUCGCUUCCUUUGGCCUCUGAUAGGUAACCGAUAUGUCCAGCGUUGUUUUAUUCGACUAGACAUAAUCGAAUGACUUCUAUGUGCUAGCUUAAUUUAUUUCCAUUGUUCCACUAUUUUGUAAUUGUUCUGCUAUACACUACACUAUACUGUACACAUAGACACACGCAACACAGCAAUAUGUACUAUUUCUAACAACAAAUAACCGCAAAGACCUCUAAUUACUUAGAAAAACAAAGGUAUUUAUUAUUCUUAAAAAA